GUGACAGUGUGCUGUCUGAUGUGACUCUUUCUGCAGGCUUUCGCGCCAUCUAGUGGAGCGGAUGGACAGCGCUACUAAAAUUUUCUGAGGGGUUUUCAGACGAAGCUGACUGUUAUUGAGAUUGAAAAUGUACUGUAAAUUACGACAGGUUUUGAGGUGUUUCUUGGCUUUAGUGAAAAGGGAGCGUGCUGAGUGUAAACGGCCCGGAGGCCUGAUGGUUGUCAUGAGAGCGCUAUCUGAAUCUCCCGCGAUUUUAAACGUAUCAGCUGCCGGUGCUUGGUGUAAGAAAAUUUCUAAGUCUGCUUUGAAAGAGGCUUUAGACAAUCUUUCUUUAGAGGUCCCACCUUGUGACUGUGUUCAUCAGGAAGAGCUUCAGGGGUUUACUGACAAUUUUGGGUCUUUGUUUUUUACCUAUUCUUUCCAUGCCACUAGUCAGUCAGUGGAGGCUGAACUGUCAAAGAUCCAAACCUUUCUGCACAGACUCAGUCUGGUUCAUGCGCAGGUGAAAAUAAUAUCUGAGAUUAGGACCGAUUCAACGACACACAAGCAAAUGUUCAGUGGAGGAGAGAAAGGAAGUAGAGUUUCAGCGAUGGAUCAUAGCAUUACUAUGGACACUGCCACAUACGGACAAAAUCCUUUCUCUGUACGCUAUCUCCCGUCAUGUCCGCAAAUGCACCCAGUCUUGGGAAACACGCUGAGCUGUGUGCUUCCCACUGACAUGAUAGAGGCUGGACUGUGUGGGGAAAUGAGCAUGGCUACCAUGGCAACACUUGCUCCCUGUAUGGAUCUGUAUUCCAAUUGGCCCACUCGUCUCUCAUGCAUACGGAUGUUAGUGUACAGUCCGUGCGGCAUGCCUUUAAUGCAACAAACACAGACGAGUUUCCUUCAGAGUUUGGCCACUUCACUUUCCUGGGCAGAUCUCGGCCUUUCUAGAGUCUGCUGCAUGGAAGCACAAAACGUCCAGGGAUCUCUGUGUUCUGAUGUAGAGUUCUCUGUUGAGACUGACUGCAGCCAGGAAACGAGAUGUAGAAGUGCUGUGCAGCAGGACAUUGAGUCAGAAUGGAGCCAUGCUGUAGAACAGACUCUGACUGUCUUCAUUUUCACUCAAUACAAUGACCCCUUCCACUCCCAGAUCUCCGACUUCAUAAGCAGUGAAGAGGUUUUUGAGAGACACUUGGAUGCAGUUCUUUGGCACAACGAAGAUCAAGUGAGGGCGACGCUGCAGACUACAAUGAAAAACACACUGAAAGGAUUUCAGAAAAAACAUGCUGCCAGGCAGAGGUUGGAUUCUACCAUACCCAUUGUGUUGAGCUCAGUGAACAGUAUAAUUGCCAGCAGCAGCAGUGGAGAGUUUCGAAGAGCGUGUUUUGAUAGCAUGAAGGUCACAAGCACCAGCGAGUUACAUAGCUCACUAAAGCGAUCUCUUCAAAGCAUUGUGGAUGGGCGCUUUACUCCAAGGCGCAGGUGUAAUAAGGACAAGGUGGUGGAGGCUGUUAGCACUGAACAGAGUAGUCUUGAUGCCUGGGAGGAAGAGUUUGAAAAUCCACCAGAACUUUCUUCUAAGAGGAUUCACUCUGAACUUCAAUACUCAAGCUUUACCCCUACCAAGAGACGACAUUCAGAAAUAAUCUCUAAAAAUUCAGACACCUUCAUGAACAAUGUCUUUGAGGCAGCAAACAUCCAGAGAAAUUCCCUGUCCCCAAUACAGCUUCCUCAAAGUCAGCAAACCAGAAUGAUCAUCGCAGACAAACCCUCAGUGUUGAGCAUGACUAACCUGAAAAAUGAACAGCAUGUUUAUUUAAUUCUGUCUCUUAUUUUGUUAUUCAAUUUUAAUAAACCUAGACUAGAUCCGGAAAUCAUUUCCAUCAUGCAACAUGUGAUAUACUCCAUAGGUUGGAAAAGUGGAGGAGGGGUGCACAAACUCUGGUUUAGUUUUCCAGAUUCCAGGGUCACAUCUUUAACGUGGACACAGGUCCAGUACUGUUCCACAUCAGGCAGUGAUAAAAGUGGAUCUCCAGAGGGUCCUGUAGAGCCAAAGCCCACUGAGAAAGAACAAUCUGCACAGUCCUCUGCAAAAACUGCUGGUUCCAAAACUCCAGGUCUGGCGAAAGCAGAGAACAUUCAAGUGAAAGUACGGGCUGUCCUGAAAAAAAGGGAAUAUGGCACCAAAUACACCCAGAAUAAUUUCAUUACCACAGUUAGAGCUAUGAACGAGUUCUGCCUCAAACCCAGUGAUCUUGAGCAGCUUAGAAAAAUCCGUCGACGUAGUCCCCAUGACGACACAGAAGCCUUCACCGUCUUCCUGCGAUCAGAUGUGGAGGCAAAAGCACUGGAUGUUUGGGGAAGUCAAGAGGCACUUGCCAGAGAGAGGAAUCUCAGGAAAGAGGUGGAAAGGGAGUACCAAGAAAACAUAUUUAGAAAUCAGAAGCUGUUGAAGGAGUACAAAGACUUCUGGGGGAACACGAAGCCUCGGUCUAGGACGAGAGCGACAUUUCUACAAGGACCGGGAAAAGUGGUGAUGGUGGCUAUAUGCAUAAAUGGACUGAAUUUUUUCUUCAAGCUGUUGGCGUGGGUUUAUACAGGAUCUGCCAGUAUGUUUUCUGAAGCCAUCCACUCACUGGCUGACACCUGCAAUCAGGCUCUUCUUGCACUGGGCAUCAGCCAGUCUGUCCGGAACCCAGAUGCCGUCCAUCCGUAUGGCUUCUCCAACAUGCGUUACAUCGCCUCUCUCAUCAGCGGAGUUGGCAUCUUCAUGAUGGGUGCUGGCUUGUCCUGGUAUCACGGCAUUAUGGGACUACUGCAUCCUCAGCCAAUAGAAUCACUGCUCUGGGCUUAUUGUAUUUUAGCAGGAUCUCUGGUAUCUGAAGGAGCUACACUAUUGGUGGCCAUUAACGAGAUCAAGAAGAGUGCACAGGAGCAAGGCUUGUCCUUUUAUGAGUACGUGAUGCAAAGUCGAGACCCCAGCACUAACGUGGUCCUGUUGGAGGAUACUGCUGCUGUGCUCGGGGUGGUGCUGGCAGCUGGAUGUAUGGGACUAACGUCUCUCACAGGUAACCCCUACUAUGACAGUCUGGGUUCUCUGGGUGUGGGCACCCUGUUAGGAACGGUAUCUGCAUUCCUCAUCUACACGAACACAGAGGCUCUGCUGGGUCGCUCCAUCCAGGCCGAGCAUGUGCAGAAGCUCACAGAGUUUCUGGAAAGUGACCCUGCUGUCAGGGCGAUUCAUGAUGUCAAAGCCACAGAUAUGGGGCUGAGCAAAGUGCGUUUCAAGGCAGAGGUGGACUUUGAUGGGCGGGUGGUGACACGAUCAUACCUGGAGAAGCAAGACAUUGAACAGAUCCUUAACGACAUUCAGCUGGUGAAGACGCCAGAGGAGCUGGAGAACUUUAUGUUGAAGCAUGGGGAGAACAUUAUUGACACCUUAGGAGCAGAGGUGGACCGUCUAGAGAAAGAACUUAAGCAACGUAAUCCUGAGGUGCGGCAUGUGGAUCUGGAGAUUUUAUAAUGUCAAGACAAGUUGCAGAAUGGAGAUCAGGAUGGAGCAGAAGGAAAACUAAUCAAUCCUCAAGCGACCAUGAGCAUCCCCUUCUCUCCAACCAUCCCAUGAGCUGAGGUCUUAUCUUACAUCUGUCCUGUAUCAGCCAAGCACUAACCUGUACAUAGUUUCGGUAGCUGAUAAUAUAGCAAAACCAUAGCCAAUACAGAGAGGACUCCAGCUGGAUCGAGACGAGGCUAAUAAAUGAUUCUUUUACAGGCAUUAGAUUUCAGAUCCAUCAGACCUUUGAAAUCAUGUCCAUGGAUUGUAAAAGGACCAGUCUUACUUCAUUUCACAAUUUACAUGCAAAGCAGCAUAAACACUCAUAUUUUACAACCGUUCUCUCAUGACACCGAAGUAUGAUUAAACAGGAUAUAACCUAGUUUGAAGGGUAAAGCUUCCAUUCUGCUAUAGGAAAGCACUGAUUUAAUUUAUAUGUAUAUUCCCAUGUUACUCCAUUGUUUUUCAGAUUUGCAAAGAUGAUGGCAUUCAAUUGAUGCCAUUAUCACUGAACGAAGCAAGCUGAUUUAUUGAAUAUUCAUGAGUGAGUUACAAAAAUGAAGAGUAAUUGUAAUCUACUUUUUUUUUAGACCAGUUUAAAUUGAUGUUUAAAUACAUUUCAGACUCCUUCAUAAAUUACACUUAUUUCAAGUAGUACUUAAAACAAGAGAAGAAAGUGUGUUCUAAACCAUGUUAUAUCCACAUUUAUCAGUAAUGAGAAAACUAUAGAAACAAAUUUAAUACAACGGAUAUCCAUGGCCCACCUUAGACCCUCUCAUGUGGUGAAGACUACUCAGUUCUUCACAUCCUUCCUAUACUAAAAGUACUAAUGUCAUUAUACUGCUUUCUGAACUGUUUAUCUGUUUACACUGUAAUUUAGUGUUACUAAAUGAAGAAAGCAAUUGUAGAUGUCCAAAAACAGCUCUGUUUCUAAAGUCAUUGGUGGCUUUGUUGUGUUGCCAGCCUAGUUUGUGAACACUAGCGCAUGUUUUUCCUUUGUAAAUAAUUCCUGACUGAAAAUGCAACACUCUUAUUUUGAUAUCUGAAAAAUAAGCAUUUGGUCCAUUUAAGUACCCUCAGUACACAUACAAACAGUAUGUUUUCUGGUAGUUGCUUGCUCUCUUGUGCUGAAGUCUAUGUAAUGUUUUAAAACAUUGUUAAAAUGUCCCCUUAGGAACAGUCGGACAUCUAAUGCAGGUUGGAUGAACACAUUCAAGGAUGGUUAGCAAGGAUGAAGUUAAAAGUUAGUUAUGGGAAAGGCUUUCAGACUAUAUAGAUUUUAAAUGUGUUUAUUUGACAGAUAGCUAUUUGGUUAGAUCUUUGAGCUGUUUGGAGCUUCUGAAAAAAAAGAGGAUGAAUAAAUUGCAAUUAAUUUAUUAAA